GGGGCCAGUCACGUGAGGCGCGGAUCCUGGCUGGGAGGGGGUAGGCAGAGGGGUCCAGAGUGGCAGUAAAAGAGGAAGAUGGCGGGGUGCAGGGGGUCCCUGUGCUGCUGCUGCAGGUGGUGCUGCUGCUGCGGUGAGCGUGAGACCCGCACCCCCGAGGAGCUGACCAUCCUUGGAGAAACACAGGAGGAAGAUGAUGAGAUCCUUCCGAGGAAAGACUAUGAGAGCUUGGAUUAUGAUCGCUGUAUCAAUGACCCUUACCUGGAAGUUUUGGAGACCAUGGAUAAUAAGAAAGGUCGCAGGUAUGAGGCGGUGAAGUGGAUGGUGGUAUUUGCCAUUGGAGUCUGCACGGGGCUGGUGGGUCUCUUCGUGGACUUCUUUGCUCGCCUCUUCACCCAGCUCAAGUUCGGAGUGGUGCAGGCGUCGGUGGAGGAAUGCAGCCAGAAAGGCUGCCUCGCACUGUCCCUCCUUGAACUCUUGGGUUUCAACUUGACCUUCAUCUUUUUUGCGAGCCUUCUUGUCCUCAUUGAGCCAGUGGCAGCGGGUUCUGGGAUACCCGAGAUCAAAUGCUAUCUGAACGGUGUGAAGGUCCCCGGAAUUGUCCGUCUCCGGACCCUGCUCUGCAAAGUCUUUGGCGUGCUGUUCAGCGUGGCUGGAGGACUCUUUGUGGGGAAGGAAGGCCCCAUGAUCCACAGUGGAGCGGUGGUGGGGGCUGGCCUCCCGCAGUUUCAGAGCAUCUCCAUACGGAAGAUCCAGUUUAACUUCCCCUAUUUCCGGAGUGACAGAGACAAGCGGGACUUUGUAUCAGCAGGGGCGGCCGCCGGAGUGGCUGCGGCUUUUGGGGCUCCCAUUGGGGGCACCUUGUUCAGUCUGGAGGAAGGCUCGUCCUUCUGGAAUCAAGGGCUCACGUGGAAAGUGCUCUUUUGUUCCAUGUCUGCCACCUUCACCCUCAACUUCUUUCGUUCUGGGAUUCAGUUUGGAAGUUGGGGUUCCUUCCAGCUCCCUGGAUUGCUGAACUUUGGAGAGUUUAAGUGCUCUGACUCUGAUAAAAAAUGUCAUCUCUGGACAGCUCUGGAUUUGGGUUUCUUCGUCGUGAUGGGGGUCAUUGGGGGCCUCCUGGGAGCCACAUUCAACUGUCUGAACAAGAAGCUUGCAAAGUACCGUAUGCGAAACGUGCACCCGAAACCUAAGCUCGUCAGAGUCUUGGAGAGCCUCCUGGUGUCUCUGGUGACCACCGUGGUGGUGUUUGUGGCCUCCAUGGUGUUAGGAGAAUGCCGACAGAUGCCUUCUGCGAGUCAAGUCGGUAAUGACUCCUCCCAGCUGCAGGUCACAUCAGAAGAUGUGAAUUCAAGUAUCAAGACCUUUUUCUGUCCCAAUGAUACCUACAACGACAUGGCCACACUCUUCUUCAACCCCCAGGAGUCUGCCAUCCUUCAGCUUUUCCACCAGGAUGGUACUUUUAGCCCCAUCACUUUGGCCUUGUUCUUCAUCCUCUAUUUCGUGCUUGCGUGUUGGACUUACGGCAUUUCUGUUCCAAGUGGUCUUUUUGUGCCUUCUCUGCUGUGUGGAGCUGCUUUUGGACGUUUAGUUGCCAAUGUCCUCAAAAGCUACAUUGGAUUGGGCCAUAUCUAUUCGGGGACCUUUGCCCUGAUCGGUGCCGCGGCUUUCUUGGGUGGGGUCGUCCGUAUGACCAUCAGUCUCACGGUCAUCCUGAUUGAGUCAACCAACGAGAUCACAUACGGCCUUCCCAUUAUGAUCACCCUGAUGGUGGCCAAGUGGACAGGGGACUUUUUCACCAAGGGCAUUUAUGACAUCCACGUGGGCCUGCGAGGCGUGCCGCUUCUAGAAUGGGAGACAGAGGUGGAAAUGGACAAACUGCGAGCCAGCGACAUCAUGGAGCCUAACCUGACCUACGUCUACCCGCACACCCGCAUCCAGUCUCUGGUCAGCAUCCUGCGCACCACAGUCCACCAUGCCUUCCCGGUGGUCACGGAGAACCGGGGCAACGAGAAGGAGUUCAUGAAGGGCAACCAGCUGAUCAGUAACAACAUCAAAUUCAAGAAGUCCAGCAUCCUCACCCGAGCUGGUGAGCAGCGCAGACGGAGCCAGUCCAUGAAGUCCUACCCGUCAAGUGAGCUGCGGAACAUGUGCGAUGAGCACGUGACCUCGGAGGAGCCGGGGGAGAAGGAGGACCUCCUGCAGCAGAUGCUGGACCGGAGAUACACUCCCUACCCCAACCUAUACCCUGACCAGUCCCCGAGUGAAGACUGGACCAUGGAGGAGCGCUUCCGCCCCCUGACCUUCCACGGCCUCAUCCUGCGCUCGCAGCUCGUCACCCUGCUCGUCCGAGGAGUCUGUUACUCCGAGAGCCAGUCGAGUGCCAGCCAGCCGCGCCUUUCCUAUGCUGAGAUGGCGGAGGAUUACCCGCGGUACCCCGACAUCCACGACCUGGACCUGACACUGCUGAACCCGCGGAUGAUCGUGGAUGUCACCCCGUACAUGAACCCUGCGCCCUUCACUGUGUCCCCAAACACCCAUGUCUCUCAAGUGUUCAACCUGUUCAGAACGAUGGGCCUGCGGCACUUGCCCGUGGUGAACGCGGUGGGAGAGAUUGUUGGGGUCAUCACACGACACAACCUGACGUACGAGUUUCUGCAGGCCCGGCUGCGGCAGCACUACCAGACCCUCUGACAGCCACGUGCCAGCCCGGCCUCUCCGGGAGCCGCCUGGGGAGGCGGCUCGCUCGGCCUUUGCCGCCACUGUUGGCCGGGGCUGUUCCCGGGCAGGGAGGAGUCCCGGUCACCCGCUCGCUUGGAAAGCCUACAAUCAUCGCACACCUCGCUGGGCAGAGAGUCUGGGGGCGGCAUUGAACCACCAGGGCAUGGACAUGUCUGACUUCUCAGAAGCGUCUCCCCGUUUCCUUCUCCCUGCGUCCCUACCAUCCAGUGUUGGCACAGGCCCUGGGCCCCCUCCCCACCAGGGCCGGAGCGGGGAGUCAGGCCUCACCCACUGGAAGGUGACUCUCGGAGCAGUUCUCCUGCCCCUCCUCUGCUCCUUCCCUAGGGAGCCCAGCUGUUGCCUUAAACCAUUACGGGAGGGACUUGGCCAAGGCAAACACUGGGGUCAUGCCAGUUGCAGAAUUAAGUGAAUUACCAAAUUGAGAAAUUGGGCACAGAGGAAAAAGCACGCAUGUUUAAGGGAGGCCCUCCUUCAUUGGGUCUCAAGUUGACAUCUUCACCAGUUUGUUCCUUUUAAGGGAGGUUCUGCUUCUGGGUGUGAGCUGGUGCUCUGGUCUCACCCCUGGGGUGUGAAUCUCCCUAGAACCGCCACCCUCCAGAAGAAGCACAAAGCAUUCCAGUCCCACUAAUAAUCUCUGAACCAUAAAUCCGAAGAUAGGGUCAGCUUUGCAUCCACCCUAGUCCUGAGCAUUUCAGCUUUCUCUCCAUUUUCCACAUCACCCAUCGUCUCCUGGUGCCGUGGUUUUACCCUGGUCCUUUUGAUCUCCAUCGAAUUACUGUACUUUCCUUAAUUUUGACCUACAUCUUCCUGGGGAAGCAGCCACAGCCCAGAGGGUCUUGGCAUCUCCCCUAAAACCAGGGCACCCCUAGAUAAAACUGCUUCACUUGACUGUGGGGAAUGGUAUGGUAUUUAGAAGAUGGAAAGGAGUGAAGCCUGAACCAGUGACCACUAACCUGAAGUGGCUUAAAAAGCCAGAGUGCAACGGUGCAACAGAUGGUCAUUUGAAGAUGAGAGUGUCUGCCCUUCACAGAUGUGUCAUCCUCGGCCUACUGAGGGGCUCAGCAGUGGAAACCUCAGGAGGGUUCGGGGUGGGGAGGGGGAGGUGCACGCACCUCAAAGUUUUAGCAUCAAAAAUAGGGAGCGGCCCUCUCUGUUUCAGUGACUUGGUUGCCCUCCGGGCUGAUUGGUCCUCCCUGAACAGGCAGCUGAAGUGAACCUUUGGGUGUGGGGCAUCUGCACCCAUUUUCCACUUCUCUGCACAUUUAACGGCAUCUUAGGCCCUUCAAGCAGCCCUGUGGAAGAUGUCCUUUGGGACUGGAGAUGGCAUUCAUUUGCAUUUAGGUUUUUUUUUUUUAAUCAUGGAAGUUGUCUGAGGGCAUCAGUGUCUGGCCCCGGCAAUCCUGCCCUCUCCCCUCAGCCUCCUGCUGACUUCUGUUGCCGAGACCGCCUUUCAGCCUGGGGGUGGGUGUCAGCCCCAGCUUUGCUGGCACAGGUCUUGGGCGGCACACGUUCUAGGGAACAACUCCACCUGCUCGAGGGGCUUCUUCAGCAUCAUUUCCAACUGACUGGCCCCCCAUUCUUCCCGUGUCUUAUCUCUUUGACCAAAAUUGCUUUGACUUAUAAAUUUUUCCACUUCGGUGCACUUGAGUUCUGAAGCAUAGGUGAAACUCCCAAUAAAAAGCUGCGGAAAUCACAAGGACCAAAAAGGCAGCCCUCCUAAGCGUGGCUGUGUUCAGCCAGCUGCCACUUUAAGGCAGCAUUCAAAAUUUGAUCCCAAUUUUCAUACUUUUAUUAAGAAGGAAACCAGUUGCCCGAGUCAGUGGUGUGGCAUGACUGCCCAUCGCAGUGACCUGCUCCUGUCGCCCCUCCGUUCCCCUUGCUGAAACUGGCAGAACUGAUGUCCAGUGGGAGGAUGUCCUGCCUCCAGAGGGCGGGAUCACGGGCCUUGGGCCGCCCUGGGUGAGUGUUGGAAUUUAUCCCUCCUGCACAUCAUGUCGUGUUUAAGUCACCAGAUACUUUGUUCUCAUCAGUGUAGCCCAGAGAUAGACAGCAGAGUGCAGAUGCCUCCCUCCCCCUGAACUGCCUGGGCGGCCUCCAAGGAGAACCCAUCCCAGCCCCUCUGGAAAGACGUGUUAUUUCCUGUCGGCACCUGCCCUUUCCAGAUGAGCCCAAAGACAGCCACUGCUCCACUUGUAACAACAACAACAACAAAAA